GCCGCCGCCGCCCGCUCGCCAUGAACCCAGGUUGCUGAGACGGAGCAUCGAGAGGCCUGGACCAGCUGCUGAGAUGCAGAGCAUCAAGUGCGUGGUGGUGGGAGAUGGUGCGGUGGGCAAGACCUGCCUCCUGAUCUGCUACACGACCAAUGCCUUUCCCAACGAGUACAUCCCCACCGUCUUCGACAACUACAGUGCGCAGAACACUGUCGACGGCAGGACGAUAAACCUCAAUUUGUGGGACACAGCUGGCCAGGAGGAGUAUGACCGCCUCCGGACGCUCUCCUACCCGCAGACCAACGUUUUCAUCAUCUGCUUCUCCAUCGCCAGCCCGCCCUCCUACGAGAAUGUGAAGCACAAGUGGUACCCGGAGGUGUGCCACCACUGCCCCGACGUGCCUAUCCUCUUGGUGGGCACCAAGAAAGACCUCCGGACCAACCCAGAGGCCUUGAAGAAGCUGAAGGAGCAGAACCAGGUGCCCAUCACCACCCAGCAAGGCAUCAGCCUUUCCAAGCAGAUCCACGCCAUCAAAUACCUGGAGUGCUCUGCCCUCAACCAGGAGGGGAUCAAGGAGGUCUUCACAGAAGCCGUGAGAGCGGUCCUCAACCCGGCCCCACCCAAGCCCAAAAAGUCCUGUGUGCUGCUUUGAAGGAGUCAUGUCCGCAGCCGGCCCUCCGGGGCCCGGGAGAGAGGCGGCGGCCCUAACAGCUUUGGCAGUCCAGCAGCCUUGCUCUCUGCUUAUGCCCAGGCACAUUCUCUGCUUCCCACUUCACUCAUUCCUGCCCAAACUUUGCUCCCUAGGAAGGAUCGAGGACCGGCUUGUGUGGAGGGCCUGGACACUUGGACAUUUAGCCUUUUUGCCCCCAAGGAAAGGAGGAAGAAAGGCCAUGAUUGCACUCAACUGGGCAAAGCUUGCUUGAGAUGCUGUUCCUUUGACGGUGCAAAGAAGACCCACCUCCUUCUCGUCAAAACCUUGUUUCUCUGCUCCUCCAAGGCAGAGGUGCCGAGUGAUCUGCCCGGCCUUUGGCUUGUGUGAGUGCUUGGAGAAACUGCUGGGCAGAAAAUCCACCCCAGGAGAGCGAGGACAAGGCAGAAGGUGGAUAUCUGCUCCAGUCGCUCACCCUCCGUGUCACUCAGCCAAAGGGUCACUCAUGGUGCUGAGGCGGGCCGGGAGCUUUUUCCGGAAUUGAAAUAGGGUACAGUUUGGCAGCUGCCAGCCAAGAUGCCACUUUUGUGAUCUCCUCGCCUCCCUGAGCUCCACAUCCUGUUUACAAAGGAAAUACUCAGUUUUCAGCCCAUGCCGUUGUGGGCUUCCGCCGUCUUAUUUUUGCAAAGACCGUAUGUGGGCUUCCCACUCCCACAGCAGUCCUCUGCCAGAGUUUAUAGGUCUGGAGGCCAACCGGCUGCUGGGAUCUUUGCUCCCCACUCACCUCUGCAAGAG